AUGGACGACGACACAGACUGGACCUUCUGGGACGGGACUGGGCCCACUGAAGAUGUCAAAAUGGAGGAUGACCAGACUGAUGUCGCUUGGAACGAGAACCCAUUCACGAUGCCCGAAUUCCCGGCACCACCCACCAUAUACCCACCACCCACCGUAUACCCAAUACCUAGCUGGGCUGCUUCAACAAUCAGUACGAACAGCAACCCAUCCGUAUUUUCAGGAAGCACCAGGUCCAGUGGCAGUUCAAACAGCAGGCUCUCUCGGAGAUAUCGCCCGAGUCCCAUGAGCAGCGGGCCAGCCAGUCUCGUAUUUGAUGCUUCUCAUGAUAAUAAACGUCGAGUUCUGCCCCAACAGCCGGGAGUUCCAGAAAGAGAAUCCCAGCACGCCGCAAAUCGGGCUCGUAUAUUGAGAGAUCUGGCCUUACAUCUUGAGUCUGUGGGCACGGACUUGCAAAACGGCCAAACUGUGCUUCCAAAUCAACUUUUCAUCCUACGAAAUCGGCUGAAGGAUGCGAUGAGCCAUGUUGAAGAUCUCAUUAGCCAAACGAGCAAUCCCCAAAGCCUCGUUCAACCCACGCCUGAAGCCGCGCCUGAAGCCGCGCAUGAAGCCUUUGCAGACACUUUACCCACCUUCAAUCAAUCUGAAGAAUACUGGUGCUGCUUUUGCGAGAAAAAUGGCCUCACGGCCGCCCGGUUCAAACGCCGCCAACUCUUCAAAAGACAUCUAAUACGCUGUCACUUUCCCUCCCACGAGUAUCACUGCCCCGAGAUAGGGUGUGGGAGAAUUUAUCGAAGGCGGCAUGAACUAGUAGGCCAUUUCCGCGUUGAGCACAAUCGAUCCCUGCAACAAGAGGAGCUGGACAAGGUGACAUUUCCGUUGAUAUGUCCACCUCUGUGCGGUAUCUGUUUCACCAUGGUUCGCGGCUGGGAGAGGCUCUAUCAGUGUGUCACGAAUCACUGCUUAGUAUCGCCUAGCAACACUGGACACGAUUCUUCUCAAAUGACUUCGCUCAAAGAAGAUAAGAACGAGCCACCGCCGGAGACAAGUGAACGACAUGGCACAGAUAUAAACCCCUCUGGGGCGAUGGAACCCAUAUCUGAAUGGCUCGCAGACGACGAGUUUUAUUCCUGGCUCCCCCUGCCAAGUCCCCCGGACGAUGGAGAAGCGCAAGAACCCCUGCCCUUCUCCCUGGCCUUCCUUGGAGCGGGGGCCCAUAUUAACCAAACGGAGAUUCAACAGAGCCUUCCAGAGAACCUCAUGGAAGAUACACAACGGGACCUGAGCACAACUCCACCCGUCCCUCUCAGGAAGGACUCUAGCAGUCAACCACCAAAGCAAUAUGUCCCAAAGCCUCCAGAGCAUGAGUCACAGGUUUCAACACCGGUAGACAAGAGCGGAAAAUUCAACUUUACCUCACUGCCCAAAACUACGCCUACGCCUGCUUCCCAACCUGGUCCAGAUCUUGCGCAACGAAUGCAAGUACACGAGCCAGCACCUCGUGUGCUAGUUGGCUCGAAUACAAGCAAAUCGUCCCAAACAUCUGAUGAUGAAGAGUCCCAUUCAAUGCAAACAAACAUUACCAGACCUGAUCAGGAAGACGUGUUUGACCUCGACACUGGUAUCGCAGAUAACGAGGACAUGGAACACAUCCUCAAUCCUGGUGCCUAUUACAGAAAACUCGAUCUUCUCGAACGAAGGACAGCAGAGAUCUGUGGUAUUAAAAGGCCUGAAGUACAGCCAAAAUCCCAACUCAAAUGCAGGGAUUCCCUGAAGAAGAGCAGAGAUGCACUUCGAAACCUGAUGGAAGAGGGCUUUUGUAAUAACGCAAUGUCUAUUCUGGUUAAAGACCAAUCUCGACCUAAUGUUGCAAGAGCAGUUCGAGUAUCCCUCGAUGACAUCAAUGAUGUUCUUGAGGGGAAACGGAUAUUUUAUUCACUGGAUGAAUCUGGUAAAAUCAUUACACUUCGUGAAUGGCCAAAACUUCAGCAACUCCUGGGCAAUCUGCCUCUUGGUCGCCCUCCUUCCGAAUCGACCUGGGCCUACCUCAACUAUUUGCAAUUUUUAGCCGACGCUUUGUCAAUUGGCCUUGUCUCUUUCUCCGGCUCUCAUGUCUGCCGAUUUGAUGAGAACCUGUGGGGGAAGGAAAAGAGUGAAAUAUCCAUUGGGAAUGGAUAUUCCUUCGCCUUGCGAGACUUGGCCUGUCUGAAAGACUUUCUUGGUGGACCAGCAUGGGUCCUUGGGAAGGAGCAAACGGAUGUUCCAACAACCGGCCUGAAAGUGUCUCUCACGGUCGAAGACCUCCAACAAUUAUGGGGUCCUGUUUGGUUCAUGGGAGGUUUGGGAGACGAAGGCGUCUUCAUCCGGACAGAAGCAGGAUACAUUAUCCCUCUUCCACGCCACAUGCAAACCGAUCAGUCUCUAGAAGAGAUUGAGUGUCAUUGGACAAGUUCAUACACAGGGUAUGAAACUGAAAGCCCGAUUCUGUUGCGCAGUUCUUCUCGAAUCCUGAUUGGCACAGAACCAUGCACCGCAACCGGGCUAAAUAUCAACGAAGGAUGUCCCGCACCAUUCAAUUUCCUGCAAGCACGCAUUCUACCUCAACUCCAGCCCUCGGGAGCCCAUAAUGCAUAUCACACUCUUGAUGGAUGGGAUCUCACCAUGCAAGCCACCCUGGGAAGUUACGUCCAGGCCGGUGGUGCGUUAAAAUGGAAACGCAAUCCAGCACGCAAAUGGAAAACAUCCAUCAUUGAAAAAUGUAAAUACGGAAAACCCAAUUUACGAUCCCUUCUCUCCAGUCACAUUGGCUUGGAAGUCAGUGCUUGCACGGGCAAUGCCCAUCGAGUCACACUCUGGGAUGCUCUUCGUCUUUCACAGACAAUAGCAAAACGAGAUCAAGAAGAAUCUCCACAACAUGAAGACCCACCACCCUGUCUACACCGGAUCGCCGAUCCUGACUGUAUAAAAUCCUGCUGGACUCGGCUCUUCUCCACAGAUGACAUCGACUCGUCGGUCAAUAUCCCACCAGAAGGUGACCCGAAAAGAAAAGAAUACCUUCGACGCAUAAUCAUGAACGCCAUAAUCGCUCUCGAAGACACCGGCGUCGACCACGACAGUAACCUACAGGCAUACUGGCCCUUCACUGAAAAUGCCCGCACCCAUCGUAUCGAGCUCUCCCCAUCCUCCGGAGAAAUCAACAACUGGAUCCGAGUCAUCAAAGACUCUCGAGACGUUGCAACGUUUGCUGUUGCUAGUCAACGAUGCAUGGAAGUACACCAUGGACAGAAACGAACGUGUACAAUGCCGUGUCAAGUAGGGAAUUUCACUCGUCCAAAGACAACGUUGUAUACUCGGAUCCUGCUCAAUCCUCCGUUUCAGUCGACUUGUAUGGAAAACCAUGAUUGCCAUAUGAAGGAUUCGUCCAUGGGGAAUGGGGUUGACAAGUUGGUUCCCAAUGAGCAUUUCGUCCUGGGGGAAGCUGCUCUUACCGUGCAGAGCAUUUUCUCGGGCACCGAGAAUGUGAUUAUUGCUACUGCUAGCGGGAGUGCUGUCAAGAAUGGAUGGAUGAAGUUGGUCAAGCUCAAUAGACGGAAGAUGUUCCAAGAGGAUUUGGACCUGGAUCUCUCGACAGGAUAUUAUUCCCCUCUUCUAAUUCAUUGA